CCUACCCCAAACCUCCUCCGACCAAUUAAAAUCACGUGACGUGGCUGUAACUCUUGGCGCUCGCUCAUGUUCCAGCAACCUAGCUUAUCGUCCCGAAGGGUUGAGCUUCAACUUCCAAGCUCUCACUCCCCUCUCCUCCCACCAGCUCACCCACGCCGCACUCUUGGUAGUGCAGGAGCCCGACAUAACUCCCCUCCAGCAAGAAACAUCUAUAUAACACACACCUUCCCUCUCCGCGAAACUCGCAGCCAUGACGACCGAUCCCCGCGAGUCGUCAUCGUACAACGUUACGCCCCGGAUUCGGUACAAUACCAUCGGCGGUGUUAACGGGCCUCUGGUCAUCCUCGAGAGUGUCAAAUUCCCGCAGUACAAUGAGAUUGUCAACUUGAGGCUUCCCGAUGGGACGGUCAGGUCGGGGCAGGUCCUUGAGGCUAGAGGAACUAGAGCUGUUGUGCAGGUAUUCGAAGGCACAACGGGAAUCGAUGUGAAGAAGACUACAGUCGAGUUUACGGGGCAGAGCUUGAAGCUGGGUGUUUCUGAGGACAUGCUUGGUCGCAUCUUUGAUGGAUCCGGAAGGGCUAUCGACAAGGGACCGAAGGUGUUGGCUGAGGAGUACCUGGACAUCAACGGAAGCCCUAUUAACCCAUACUCUCGUGUCUACCCCGAGGAGAUGAUCUCAACGGGUAUUUCCGCCAUUGACACGAUGAACUCGAUCGCUCGUGGCCAAAAGAUCCCCAUCUUCUCUGCUUCCGGUCUCCCACAUAACGAAGUCGCAGCUCAGAUCUGUCGACAAGCUGGUUUGGUCCAAAAGCAGGGUGUCACAAACAAGGGCGUGCACGAUGGCCACGAGGAGAACUUCUCCAUUGUCUUCGCAGCUAUGGGUGUCAACUUGGAGACUGCCCGUUUCUUCACCCGCGAUUUCGAGGAAAACGGCAGCUUGGAGCGUGUCACUCUCUUCCUUAACUUGGCCAACGACCCUACCAUUGAGCGUAUCAUUACGCCUCGUCUGGCCCUGACGACUGCUGAGUACUACGCCUACCAGCUCGAGAAGCACGUUUUGGUUAUCAUGACGGAUCUCACGGCAUACUGUGACGCUCUUCGUGAGGUUUCCGCAGCUCGUGAGGAGGUUCCAGGUCGUCGUGGUUACCCGGGUUACAUGUACACUGAUUUGUCGACGAUCUACGAGCGCGCCGGACGUGUCCAGGGCCGUAACGGCUCGAUCACUCAGAUUCCUAUCCUCACCAUGCCUAACGAUGAUAUCACUCAUCCCAUCCCCGAUUUAACUGGUUACAUUACCGAGGGCCAGAUCUUCAUCGAUCGCCAGCUCUACAACCGCGGCGUCUUCCCUCCGAUCAACGUCCUGCCAUCUCUCUCCCGUCUUAUGAAGUCUGCCAUUGGCGAGGGCAACACAAGGAAGGAUCACGGCGACGUUUCCAACCAGCUGUACGCCAAGUACGCCAUCGGCAAGGACGCCAUGGCCAUGAAGGCCGUCGUCGGUGAGGAGGCCCUGUCAUCCGAGGACAAGCUCUCCCUCGAGUUCCUGGAGAAGUUCGAGCGCACCUUCAUCUCGCAAUCCCCCUACGAGUCGAGGACCAUCUACGAGUCCCUCGACCAGGCGUGGGGCCUGCUCCGCAUAUACCCCAAGGAGCUGCUUAACCGUAUCCCGGCCAAGAUCCUGGCGGAGUUCUACCAGAGGUCGGAGCGCAAGACGAAAAAGAGGCAGGGGCAGAAGGAUACGAGGGAUAACACGGAGGAUACGGCGAAGGCGGGUCAGCAGGAGGAGAACCUGAUUGAUGCGUGAGCGUGUCGUGUCGUGUCGUGUCGUGACGGUCUUAGGCGUGUUGUUGUGUCUCUUUGUUAGUAGGAUAAGAGGGGUUCCGCAGAUAGACGGUUUAGUGUAUGGUUUCUGUGAUGCGUAUUGAUCGUAGGCGGGUGAUUGAGAUGAUUGAGCAAAUACCAGAUUAUUCAAUAUGGAA